CUCUGCGUCGUUGCGUCAUCAAACAGGAAGUUGUGAAGUAGCGGUAGACGCGAAUGGGGAGUUAGCUUCAGCUACUCGCUGCUAGUUGAGGUGGUCCGGGCUCUAUCGGGAGACACAAGUCGGUAAAUGCGGUGUUUUAACGCGAUAUAAAGUCAGAUGAUGCUCUGAGGAGGACUGCAGACGGAAACAUGUCAGCAAGCAGAGAGAUGAAGAUUCCCGAUGAGGCGGUGUAUUUGGGGUAUCUUGUUGCCUCCAUCCCCGUCGGAUUCCUCUUCCGUCACCUCAGUCCGCCGGUGAAGCAGGGAGCAGCUCUCCUACUGGGCCUCUCCGUCACCGUGGCAACCUGCAACAUUCACGCUCUCCAUUCCCUGGUGACGGUGAUCGGGACGUGGAUCAUCAUAAAGAGCAGCUGGCGACAUGCCCCGGCUCUGAGCCUCAGCUGGACCUUCGUCUACCUCCUCUUCUUCCGUUUAGUUGAUUGGUUCGGUCUGCCCAAACCGACACCUUUUGCCAACGCCAUCCAGCUGAUCCUCACGCUGAAGCUGGUGAGUCUGGCCAACGAGGUGAAGAGUUUCCACGUGGAGAAGAAACAGGAAGUGAGCUCCUUCUCCAAGUCUCCGGUCAUCGGUGGUUUGUCUCAGGAGCCAUCGGUCUACGACAUUCUGUCCUAUAGUUACUGUUAUUUGGGUUUAAUGACCGGUCCGUUCUUCCGGUUCCAAACCUACGUGGACUGGUUGAAGCAGCCCAGUCCGCUGUCUCUGCCCGGCUGGACUCCAUGUCUGCAGCGUCUGAAGCUGGUUCCCGUCUACGGAGCUUUAUUCCUGGCCGUCAACGCGCUCUUUCCACUGAACUACGUCCGCAUGGAGGAGUUCCUGGAUCAUAACUUUUUCUUCAGGUUCUUCUACAUGGUCGCCGUGUUCUUCGUGUUCAGGAUGCGGUUCUACGCCGCCUGGUGUGGAGCUGAAGCCGGACUUAUCAGCGCUGGUCUGGGCUGCUACCCAGAAAAAGCUCUUUCCAAACCCGGAGGAGGACCCACCGUCAGCUACAGUCCUGAUCCGUCUGCUGAAGAGAACUACGACUUCAGAACCAUCCAGAACAUCGACUGCUACAACACUGACUUCUGCGUGAAGGUGCGACAUGGGAUGCGUUACUGGAACAUGACGGUCCAGUGGUGGCUGCAUCACUACAUUUACCCCAAUGCCCCCUUCAGGGCCUACACCCUCAGGGCUGGGUGGACCAUGUUCAUCAGCGCCUACUGGCAUGGCCUUCACCCCGGCUACUACCUCUCCUUCCUCACCAUCCCGCUGUGCAUCGCUGCCGAGUCCUCCAUGGAGGCGGCGGUCCGUUCCAGACUGGGUCCAGGAGGUCAGAAGGCCUUUGACUGGGUCCAUUGGUUCCUGAAGAUGAGGGCCUAUGACUACAUGUGCAUGGGCUUCGUGCUGCUGGAUGCCUCCGGCACCAUCGCCUACUGGACCUCCAUCUACUUCGUCAUCCAUGUGGUCGCCGUCUGCUGCAUCGUAGGCGGGAAAGUCCUGAAGGGAGGGAAGAGAGAGCAGAAGGUGGAGAAGGAGAAACCUGCAGAGAAGACAGACUGAGAACUUCAAACAUCUCACAGCUCCAAGGAGGUUCCUGGUGAGAGAACCUGGUAGGAGGUCACCAGAGGAGGCUUUUCUCAUCCAGGAGGAGUUGUAGCUCCAUGAAUGUUACUUUUCUAGUUCGGUUUGUGUGUAUUAGUCUCAUGAACUUAAAAUCCAGACGUUAGAGAUCAGCGGAACAUCCAGAGAGGCGACAGGAAGUUAACUUUAGAUGGAGGAGAACAUCUAAUAAGUCCUCCUUUAUUAAACGAGAAGAGCUGUAGGGAUUAAUUAUCACAGCUACUGGUUAUUAUAUUUUUAUUUAUUGGCCUCCACAGGGAUUAAAGUUAAAAAGCUGUAGACCAGGAGUGUCCAACAUGAGGCCUGUGGGCCAAAAGUGGUCCUCCAGAGGGUCCAAUCCGGCCCUCAAAGUGUAAAAAUUACAGAGAAGACAUUAACUGCAGAUUGUAAAUUAGUAAAACUAUAAAUUUAAAAUAAUUUCUAGACCAUGACAAGUUGUUUGGAUCAGAAAGUAAAAUACUAGAUUGUUCUUUUGUUGUUUUGUUUCUCAUAUUUGUUAUGUUGUCUUGUUUUUGUCAUUUUUUAAAAUAUUUUGCCUAAUUUUUGUCAUUUUGUGUCUCGUUUUUAUCAUUUUGUGUUCAGUUUUUGUCAUUUUGUCUCGCUUUUGUCAUUUUGUGUCUCAUAUCUGUAAUAUUUUGUGUUGUUUUUGUGGUUUUUUGUCUUUUUUUGUCUGACCUUCAAGUUUAAGUGUUGAGGUUAAAACCCAACAAUAUGAAUUAGUUGUUAGUUGUCGCCAUAAUUACAUUUUAUACGUCACAAUUUAAAUCAGGUUCCUAAAUGUGAAUCUUUUCUGGUUUCUUUCCUCUGUGACAGUAAACUGAAGAUCUGGGACUGAACCAGACAUUUGAGGAAACUCUGAUCCACGUUUUCACCAUUUUCUGACCUUUUAGAGACCAAACAGCUGAUUAAUCCUGAAAAUAGUCAACAGAUUAACCAGAAGUUUGGAUAAUUAUCUGUUGCCUCCAGAUAAUAUCCUGUCUGUUUACAUGGUGUUUAAAUCACUCCGUAUUCUAAUAUUCCUCAUUUUCUUGCUCAGCAUUCCUGCUCUUCUGCUUCCUGCCUCCAUCCUGUGGGUUUAAAACGUUUUUCUGUUUGCAUUUGAGCAGAACAAACUCUCUGAAAGGUGUCAUAAUGAACCCGUUCACUGCCAGACGUCCGUUUCAGUACCAAACGCUUCCUGAGCUGCCAGCGUUGGAUUACAGCACAACUUUACUUUAUUAUAGGAGUAUGAAUACGUAAGAAAAAUGGAGGUUGAAGCAAUAAAACCGCUCUAGAGGGAUUCCUGUGGGAGACCAAACUCCACUUGUGAACUUUUUAACCCACACUGCUGGAAUAAGAACUGAUUCUGGAUCAUUGUUGAACCACUAAACUGCAGUUUGCAGCCGAGAGACUGAAGUCUGAUCCUCUGAUGGGUUUCUGUUCUGAGAUAAACUGAGACAAAAAACAUUAAAUAUGAAUCCUUAUGAGGAUGAAUUUGAA